AUGGAGAGGAAGAAGCGGAGGAAGGAGAGGAAGGAAAAGAAAGAUGGAGAGCGGAAGGAUAAGGCGGGGAGGGAGCGCAAACGGCGGAGGCUCUCGCCACCCUCAGAGCACGAGGAGGAGGAGAAGGACAAGCCUGACGAAGAUCAAGACCAAGUUGCCGAAGCAGACGCAGACCGGGGCGAUAAACCUGCGCCGCCGAAGAGACAACCGACGCCCGACCUCCCCGGCGCGCUCCCGUCGUUCCCGCUCCCGCGACGACCAGACGCGCCGUCCAAGCUCGAUCUCGCGUUGCAAGGGCUCGACAGCGCGCUAGCGAACGCGGAGGUUGUUGAUCCGGCCGUCACGCGAUCCGUGGACGAUGCGUCGCUGAGCGAGAAGAUGCGCAGGCGGCUGAAGGAGCUCGGAAUCGGCGAGCUGUUCGCGGUGCAGACUGCGCUCCUGCCGUUCCUCCUCCCGUCGUCGCCCGCGCAGCGCGCGCUGUACAUGCCUUAUGAUCCGCCGCGCGACGCGUGCGUCUCGGCGCCGACGGGUAGCGGCAAGACGCUCGCGUAUGUCAUUCCUAUAGUCGAGGUAUUGGCGUCGCGGAUUGUAACGCGGUUACGCGCACUGGUCGUGCUCCCGACGCGCGAUCUCGUCGCGCAGGUGCGCGAGACGUUUGAGGCGGUUGGGAAAGGGCGCGGGCUCAAGAUCGCCACCGCGACAGGCCAACAUUCGUUUGCCCACGAGCAAACGCAGCUUAUGGCAGACCGAUCGAAGCCGUUACUCGGCGGAUCGAGCAAGGUCGACGUGCUGAUUUGUACGCCCGGGCGGCUGAUCGACCACCUCGAGGGCACGCCCAACUUUACGCUGCAGCAUCUCCGCUUUCUCGUAAUUGACGAGGCGGAUCGCCUGCUCGCGCAGUUGUUCCAAGACUGGCUUGCGAAGGUACUGGCCGCCACACGCCCGCCGUCUUCGCUGUCUUCCGCCUUUGCCUUAUCGUCGCCCUCCUCCUCUGUGGUACCCCAUGCGGACGCGCUUGCGCCCGCGUUCGCCUCGCUACUCGGACUCAGUCCUUCGUCCCCCUCGGGCCUGCUGACGGAGUUCGACGAGCCCAAGGCUUCCUCGUGCCAGAAGCUGCUGUUCUCCGCCACACUCACGCGUGACCCGGGGAAGCUCGCGGCGCUGGCGUUGAGGGAACCCAGGUACUUUGUCGUCGCCGGCGAGCGCAAGCGUGCACAAGGAGCAGAAGAAAGGGAGGAGGAGGCAGGUAAGAUGGACGGCGUGGUGGACUUUGUGAUGGAGAAGUUCAGCGUGCCGGAGACGUUGGAGGAGCAUUACCUCGUCACAUCCGCGGCGCAGAAGCCGCUCGCGCUCAUGUACCUCGUGCACGCGCGGGGCGUCGGUGCGGACAGCGGGGGCGUGCUCGUGUUCGCCAAGUCGGCCGAGGCCGUCGCGCGUCUGGUGAAGUUUGUCGAGUUUUUCGAGGAAGCGCGCGUUGACGCUCUCCCCGCGGAUACCGGUCGGCGGCGGGUGAGCGUGAAGGCGUAUUCGAGCGAUCUGGCGCCGGGGGAGCGGAGGGCGAUCUUGGAGGGGUUCAAGGCGCGAAAAAUUGACAUGUUGGUGUGCUCGGAUUUGGUGGCGCGUGGGAUGGAUAUUAGCCAUGUGGAGCAUGUUGUGUCGUACGAUGCCCCGGUGGACGUGCGGAAGUAUGUGCAUAGGGUGGGCAGGACGGCGCGGGCGGGGAGGAAGGGGUGUGCGUGGAGUUUGGUGGAGGAGCAGGAGGCGAGAUGGUUCAAGGAGAUGCUGCGCGAGGCGGAUCAUCUAGCGCGGGUGAAGCACGUUAGGGUCAGAGACGAGGAGAAAAAGUGGAAGGAGCUGGUGCCGUUCAAUGAGGCGGCAUUGAAGAGGCUCAAGGAGACGUAUUCGCGAUGAUCAUGGCGCGUGCCACCGGUACUCAUCCUACUAUAGUGGUCUGCAUCUCACUGGUCGGUCUCGGCCCCCGCGAGGAGGAGAUAAGAUCGGGUGCUUAUCAGGACAGAGGGCGCGCUUCGGUGCAAUGAGGCUGUGCUUCACGUCGGGACGGAGGUGAGCAUGUGGCGCAGGACGUGCCGUUGGCGAGCCGGGCAUGAACGCGGAUGUGGAACUCCCGUCGGAGAAACUGAACUUGGGUCAACCUGUUCGCUCGUGGCCGUUCGGGCAUCGUCGACUGAUCGCUCGACGCAGAACAAAGCGGUAAUAGCGAGCGUGCAUUGCAAAAGUAAUUGUAAACGCGCCCAAUAUGACGAAUUUGAC